AUGAUGGCAAUAGCUUGUGAAGAAUUUAGGGAAAAGAGAAUGAUGACUUAUGUACUUUCAGAUGCAUGUAAAAAAGGAAAUCUCGACUUGGUCAAAUCUCUCAUCGAAUGUAACUAUGAUAUAGAAUUGAUGAAUCAUGCUCGAGAAACACCACUCAUGAUUGCAUCAAGAUAUAAUAAACUUGAAGUUGUUAAAUAUCUUAUUUCAGUUGGAGCUGAUAAAGAAGUAAAGUGCUUUUAUGAAAUGACUCCACUCAUUUGUACAUAA